AUGAGUGAGCCUUCCGAAGAGGCCCAGCACAUCGAGAAGCUCUAUGAGUUCGGCGAGCGUCUCAAUGAGGCGGAGGACAAGUCUCAGCAUGUCAAAGACUACCAAGGGAUAAUAGACGCCGCAAAAACGAGUACCAAAGCCAAGCAAUUGGCCGCUCAACUCAUUCCUAGGUUCUUCAAGUUCUUUCCCAGCCUUUCUGGUCCAGCCAUCGACGCUCAUAUUGAUCUGAUUGAAGAAGAAGAGCUGGCGAUACGAGUUCAGGCAAUUCGAGGACUUCCUCUUUUCUGCAAGGACACACCAGAAAAUAUAGGCAAAAUUGUUGACAUUCUUGUUCAAAUUCUUGCGUCGGAGGAAUUUGUGGAGCGUGAUGCUGUUCAUAAAGCUCUAAUGGCUCUCUUGAGGCAGGAUGUUAAAGCUUCAUUGACAGCCUUGUUUAAACACAUUGGAAGUGUUGAUGAACCAACUACUGAUGAAGUUAUUCGUGAGAAGGUCUUAAGCUUUAUUAGAGAGAAGGUUUUUACCAUCAAAUCUGAACUCUUGAAGCCCCAAGAGGAAAUGGAAAGACACAUAACAGAUUUGAUAAAAAAGAGUUUAGAAGAUGUGACUGGAGCUGAAUUUAGAAUGUUUAUGGACUUCUUAAAAAGCUUGAGUAUAUUUGGAGAAAAAGCCCCACCAGAGCGAUUGAAAGAACUUAUUGGAAUCAUUGAAGGGCAAGCUGAUUUAGAUGCUCAGUUCAAUGUUUCAGAUGCAGAUCAUAUUGACAGGUUGAUAUCAUGCCUUUUUAUGGCUAUCCCUUUUGUUGUGAGGGGUGCGUCAAGUUGCAAGUUUCUCAGCUACUUGAACAAACAUGUUAUUCCAGUUUUUGAGAAGUUGCCCGAGGAACGCAAGCUGGAUUUGCUUAAAGCCCUUGCAGAAUUUUCACCAUAUACUACGCCUCAAGAUUCACGUCAAUUCCUUCCUUCUGUUGUUCAUCUAUUGAAGAAGUAUAUGCCUGGGAGAAAGACAGGAGAAGAGAUGAACUUUACUUAUGUUGAGUGCCUGUUAUAUACGUUUCAUCAUUUGGCUCACAAGGUCCCCAAUGCCACAAAUAGCUUAUGUGGUUACAAGAUUGUUACUGGUCAGCCUUCAGAUAGAUUGGGGGAGGACUUCUCUGAUAAUUACAAGGAUUUUACGGAAAGGUUAACUAAUGUUGAGGAUUUAACUAGAGCUACCAUUAAGAAAUUAACUCAAGGGAUGGAUGAACACAACAAGGCGAUGGCAGCAGCCAAGUCGGAUGAAGCAAAAAGUAACAUUAAAACCCAACAGCAAAAUGCCAAAACUGGCUUGCGGACCUGCAAUAAUAUUUUGGCGAUGGGAAAGCCCUUACACGCCAAGGCACCCUCAUUUAUUGGGGAUAACAGCAUCAACCUAUCUUGGAAGGAAGUAACAAAAGCUCAAGUGUCCACUACCCUUUCUGCAGCUGGGGGAAAACGGCCUGCUAAUGCAGCUAAUGGAUCGAACAACAUACCAUCAAAGAAAGGUCGUGGAUCUGGUGGUUUACAAAAUCAGCUUGUUAAUAGGGCAUUGGAAGGGUUAUCUUAUGGCGGUCGUGGAGGGAUGAGGGGUGGCCGAGGAAGAGGUUGGGGUGGACGGGGAAGAGGAAGAGGAAGAGGUUUCCGUUAAAGUUUAAUGUGCAGCUAAAGAGAUGGAUGGAAAACAUGGGGAGAUACAUGUUGAGAAGAAAUAGAUGAUAGGAGGCACCACUGAAAUGGAAAUGAGUUAAUCUGCUGAAGAAGUUUUGAUAUUGAGUUUAUAAUGCUAAAGAGUUUGCAGAUUCAUGGUGUAAAAUGCUAACGAUUGAAAGUCUAGAGAUUGUAAAAGAAACAUUAGAUUGGUUUCAGGCUUUGGGUCAUUUCUUCCCGAUUUAGUGACAGAAACAGCGAGAUGAGUAAUUAGACAACCUUAAAUUUGGAUGCUGCUACUACUAUUUGCUGACUUUCAAUGUAUUUUAAUAACAACCGACUUUUAACAUUAGGAUGCUUAUGCUUAUAUUCAAAUAUUUAUUUUCCUCGACUUA